AUGAAUAUGAUGUCCCUCUCUCCAGCACAAAUCAAUGUUUCCAGCUGCGAAAACAAAACCAGUUCUCCUGAAAAAAUGGAAGAAGUGCUUAUUUUUGCAAUAUUCACUGUGCUUUUUUGUGUGUUGGGAAUGCUGGGGAAUGGCCUUGUGAUCUGGCUGCUGGGUUACUCCGUUAAGAGGAAUACUUUUGCCAUUUAUUUUCUCAACCUCUCUGUUGCAGACUUUGGCAUGCUCACCACUGAGCUGAUUAUCGAAAUCCACUGGUUUUUUACACACUUGUAUUGUGACUUUCCCUAUGAACUCUUCCAAACGGUCCUGCUGUUAAUGUACAGUGCUGGGCAAUUUCUACUGACAGUCAUCAGCAUCGACAGGUGUAUUUCAGUCCUUUUCCCAAUUUGGUAUCGAUGCCACCGGCCGGUGCAUCUGUUCACUACUGUGUCUGCUGUCAUCUGGGCCGUUUCCUUCAUCCUCUCUUCAAUUUACUUCACAAUUGCAGCUAUUCAUAGAUAUGAACCAGAAUAUACCGUGAAGUAUCACUUCAUGGUUAAUGCUGUGCUUUGUCUCCCACUUAUGACAAUCUCCAGUGUCAUCUUGUUUAUCAAAAUCUGCUUCAUAUCCAAAAGCCAAAAGAGGAGGAAGCUUUUGACAGUUGUCUUGCUCACUCUUUUCUUCUUCUUAGUCUUGGCUUUUCCGCUAAAUGCCUUUUAUUUUAUCCUGUAUUUUUCAAAUUAUAUACAUCCCAACCUUGUACAUUAUGGCUACUUAUGCACGUGCAUCAACAGCAGCAUUAACCCUCUGAUUUAUUACCUAGUGGGGAGACAGAAGGGUAAAACUCAGAGGAGCAUCAAAGACGUGCUUCAGAAAGUUUUCAAGGAGGAAGAAAAUUGUUCUGAUCAAAUAGAAACUUCAGAAAGUUCCAAAAUCUGA